AUGCAAGUUGGUCAUGAGGCUUCUAGACGACAACAGCCACCGCCAACCCCACGUAGGCAAGCCUUUCAAGGCAACGGCUUUCGAGUUGGUCCUGCCGGCUUCUCUGACAGUUGUAGCAACUACAAAAUGGAUGAAACAAUGGAGAAUCAGAGAACAAAUGCAGUGAGGGAGUUAAUUGAGAACGAGAAACUUUUCAAAAAACAGAUGACCCUUGUCUCAGACAUAAUGACCAAAAAUAGGGUCCCCGUUUCUAUUACCCCCGCGGACCUUGCUGCAGUAAAAUUGAAUUUGGACGACUACAUUUACACCUCCGCUCAAAUGAUCAGAGCUUACGAGAAUGCAGUUGCAGAAGCCCCCAACGGCAAACUUGCAUACGCCUGUGUUUGUAAACACCUUGUACCGACUCUUCCUGCCUUUCGCAAUGUGAUGGUGGCGUACAUUAAGGAUUAUGACCCAGAGAUCCUACAACAUAGACCGCAUCUGGUAGAAUACUUCGACAAGGCUGGAGAACUGCUUCAUAGGUUGGAGGGACAAAUGGUAAUUCUCUCAGACCGUCUACUCAAGCCUUUUCAGCGUCCCUUCCACAUUACUUGCAUUCUACAUCGUCUGGAUAAGUAUACACCGGAAUUGCAUCCCGACUCUGCCUAUGUAAAACAGGCCAAAAUUGCAAUUCAGAAGGCUUGCGAUGAUGCAGAGGCGGCCAAACGCGCGGAUGGGGACUAUAAGCAAUAUGACGAUUUUCCCCAACUGACUGUAGAUGUAUCAGCUGGUAAUUCUGCUGCUGGUGGAGCUUUUGAGAACUCUCGCAUGACAAACUACCGCAAGAAAGGGAAGAAGCUUUCUCUGCUAAUUGAAGAUCUCUCCAAAUGGAUCAAAUUGAACAGUGAGGACCUCAAGUCAUUCAUAGAGAACCGACGCCUCCUCAUCAAGGCUGUCCGCGAGUUACUUCAAUCCUUAGACUCCGCUGUAGGAAGCUCUCUCCCACUAAACUUUCAUGCGUCUUCCGUGCAGCAUCAGAUCAGGAUCUUUGACCCCACUAUGUUUAAUAGGGCCUCGGAGGAGGUGUUGGAUCGGCUGAAGUUGUUGACCGCACCCUUAAAAAAGAUGAAGCCUUCUUUGAAAAAGUUGAAGUCUAGAGCCAAUGAUAUUGCCAAAACGCAGAGGAACAGAACCGCCAAUCCAGCGACAAUUGAUGCGUAUCGACGAGAUGAAAAAAAAGCAAUGGCUCUCUCAGAGGCGAUCUUAGGCAAAACCGAAAAAGCUAUUAAAGCCCUAUUUCUUCACUACCUCUCACAUGUGCAAAGGCUUUUCAACUACGCUGCAAUUAAAGAGAAUGGCUUAGAUGAAAGAUAUACUAAAGCCUUAGUCCGGCUUCGUGAAGCGGAUUUGAAAUCGCAAGUUGAGGUCAUUAUAGCGAUAUGGGAAAGGCAAAGCAAAGUGGCACAAGGUUCAAACCCUAGACCCAACACUAAAGAUGCUCCUACGCCUGCCCAUUGCAAAGCGCGGAUCGUCUACCACUAUUCGGACCACCAAACACCACCCAACUUACAGGUUAAUGACGUCGUGUAUGUGUUUCGAUGGACCGAUGCCGUGCGAAACCCUGAGUGGGCGGAGGUAAGUGACAGAACAGGCCGGAGGUUCUUCUAUCCCUCCUCUCGGCUGGAGCGCCUUAGUUGA